AAAGAGAUUGCCGGAGUUGUUCGGCAAUAAACGGAUCUUUACGAAUUUUUUCUGAGAAAAAACGCAGGAAGAAGGAAAACCAAAAAACAGAUUUAUAGAUUUUAUGGAUACCGGUUACUUCAUCACGGCGCAGCCUAAACCGUGUCACAACAUGAACGGGGAUUUAUUGAAACCUAUCCCGGACCGCGGACACCACCACCCGCCCUCCGCCUCGACCAAAAACAGCAGGAAUAAACCCGAAAGCAAACCUGAGGUGGCGCAGGUGGUGAUGGACCCUAAGACGGGAAGGUCCUACAGUAAAGGGAAGCUUCUAGGCAAGGGCGGAUUUGCACGAUGCUAUGAAAUGACAGACCUUUCCAACAACAAAAUGUAUGCAGUAAAGGUGAUUCCACAGAGCAGAGUCUCCAAGCCCCACCAGAGGGAAAAGAUUACCAACGAGAUCGACCUUCACAGAUCCCUGUCGCACAAGCAUGUGGUGAAAUUUUCCCAUUUUUUCGAGGACAGUGAAAACAUCUACAUAUUCCUGGAGCUCUGCAGUCGGAAGUCCCUGGCACACAUCUGGAAGGAGAGACGCACUCUGACAGAGCCAGAGGUGCGAUAUUACCUCAGGCAGAUUAUAUCCGGUCUGAAGUACCUCCACAGCCGGGGGAUCCUGCACAGAGAUCUCAAACUAGGUAACUUCUUCAUCAAUGAGAACAUGGAGUUGCGACUGGGAGAUUUUGGUCUUGCUGCCAAGUUGGAGACGGUUGAACAGAGGAAAAAAACUAUCUGUGGAACUCCCAACUACUUGGCCCCCGAGGUCCUCAACAGACAGGGUCACAGCGCAGAGUCGGACGUCUGGUCGCUCGGAUGCGUCAUGUAUACUCUGAUGUGUGGCAACCCUCCCUUUGAGACACUGGACUUGAAAGAGACGUACAAGUGUAUAAAGGAAGUUCGGUACACUAUUCCCUCCACCAUCUCCCCUGCGGCACAGAAACUCAUCUCUGGUAUCUUGAAGAAAAACCCCACCGACAGACUGACCCUGGAUCAGAUCCUCAAUCAUGAAUUCUUCACCAAAGGUUUUACACCUGACAAACUUCCAACCAGCAGCUGUACGAUGGUACCAGAGCUUCAUCCUCCAAGCCCUGCCAAGAAAUUCUUCAGUAAAGUGGCCAAGAGCUUCUUUGGGAAGAAGAAGUCGAAAGCGGAGAAGAGUCCAUGCGAGGAAAAAGAUGAGAAGGAUAUUUCCAAGCUAGUGUCUGGCAUCGUUAAGUGUUCCAUCAACCGGCAGAUAAGCUACAAAACAGUGGGAGCCAAUGAGGAGCCUUCUCCUGCUGGUCAGCUGGUCAACCCUGUGCCUCUGGAACAGACUCCUGCUGAGGAGGAAUCCAGGAAGUCAAUCUCCCGCUCUUUCAAGGGCACUAUGGCAAGCAGCACUGAACCAUGUGAGGAUGUCCUGACUCCUGCAGCCGUUGCUGAAGUUGCCAUGAAGUUGCUUAACAACUGCCUGGCCACCAUGCCUGCAGCUUCCAGAAACCCUCCCUGUUUGUCCAGGCCUCCUUCCUUCCUGUGGGUCACAAAAUGGGUUGACUACUCCAACAAGUACGGUUUCGGCUACCAACUCUCAAACCAAAGUAUUGGCGUUCUCUUCAAUGAGGGAAUACAUCUCAGCCUUUGUGACCAACGCAAGACUGUUCACUACUGCCUGACCAACAACAAACACUUCACAUUCCCAACUCAGUCACUACCCGAGCAGCUUCGCAGCCAGAAACAGAUUGUUGAAUACAUGGCAAACUACAUGGAGCAGAACCUGAUGGAGGGUGGAGAUCUCCCUUGUGAGGAGCACAGCUCUGGACCUCCUCCUCUUCUGCUUCAGUGGGUGAAGACUGACCACGCUCUUGUCAUGCUCUUCAAUAACGGCACCCUGCAGGUGAACUUCUACACAGACCACACAAAGAUCAUUCUGUCCAAGUCAUCCGACGACGCCUACCUGCUCACCUACAUCAGCCGGGAGCGUGUCUCGUACACCUACCUCCUCAGCAUGCUAAAUGAGCUGGGCUGCACCGCUGACCUACGCUACCGACUCAAAUAUGUGGUCCAGCUGCUCCAGCACCACACUGAUGCCUGAGAGCACAACCCUGUGCUCCAUAGGCGGAGUGGAAGAUGCUUUAGAAGCAGCCAAACCAGUUACGGACUUCCUUUUCUCCCUUACUGGCCUUUGCUAUUUUUGUUUACUUUUCUCCAGGCAGAGCAGAGGGCGGGUAAAGCCUGUUUUUUUUUUUUUUUAACUGAUGAAAAGCUGCUCAAAUUGAGUGAGUGACAAUCUAACCUGGACUGUCGUUGCCGGGGUGAUUGGUUUGAAUGACCUUGACAAUGUUGAGCAACUGUGAAGUUACCCAAAGAAGCUUCUGCCUGAAGGGUUUGUGCCUACCAGUUCUUGCCUCGAAUGGUAUCCACCUGGAAGGUUUAGAUACCUGAAAGAAGGGAUCGGUACCCAGUUUGAAAUGAUGGAGAGGGCGACCAUGAAGAGCCGCUUAACGUUCCUUUUCUUACUCAGAACCACUGGAUCUUUGAACGCCUAUGACCCUGCAACUGUUCAGCCGGCGACUGACUGGCAGGCACGGUUUCUCAAAGGUCCAAGAACACUAAAAGAAACAAACUGUUUAAACUGCUUGCGAGUGAAAAGGGUUGAUCUUGUGAUUGAAAUGCAGUGAGGCUCACUUUUUUUUUUUUUUCCCAGAAAAGCGUUUCAUCAGCAAGCUCUUCCUCCCUGUAGACUGCAACUGUGAUCCUUUUUUUUUUUAAGCUGAGUUGCGUUUGGAUUUUGGAAUAGUUUGAAUUGAGAGAACCUCCUACCCUCAGUCUGUUUCUGGCCUUUAUGGAACAUGGUGCACAUUCUUUUGUUUUUUGUUUUAUUUCUGUUCUCUGAAAAUGAGCCAACAGAUCACUGAAGAUCUGAACCUCACACGCACGAUAUUUCCAGGCUCAUCCAAUGAAGGCGAUGCUAAAAUAAUUGCUUCUUUUCCUGCAAUGUCACUAAACAGUCAUUUUCUUGACGCGAAUUUCACUGAGGCGGUACACAAGAUGCUACAGGGACAAACACUGUUUUGCACUUUUAUUUCCUUUAACUAUUUUUGAUGACUACAUUUUUUUUAUACUCACUCGUUUAAAUUUUAUUCUACAUGUUUUAACCAAAUAUUAAAGGUUUUUGGUUUUAAAAAUGAUUCUGUUUUUAAUUUCACUCGCAGUAGGUGAAUGUGCGUCCUCUAACGCAAGCGCCAGUAAACAAGGCAGCGUUGGUUGGGAAUCUGAGGGUGUGGAGGUUUGAAUAAAAGUGCCUUUCUGAGGGAUGUCUGUAUAGUGCAAUAACAACCCUUUGAUGAAUGUCGAGCUGGCUACAAGCAAGAUUUCAGAUGGGUUUUUAACAGUGGAUUUUACUUUUACACUUCAAGCCAAGUCUAAAAGUAAAUCCAAUGGCACUACGCUCACUACCUAGUAUAAGCUUUUAGAACAACUGAUGAGUAUAUAGCCCAGUAAUAUCCUCUAAGGGAAAAAAA